AUAAUAACAAAUAGAAUACUUUAAAAUGUUUUUUCUCAUUUGCAAGAGUAUUAGCGUUAUCUAACGUUGUAGAAAGAAAUUGUAUGCGGCAACAAAUUGUUCGAAUCCGCGGAUACGUAUGCUCUACUGUGUAUUUCAUGCGUCGCUCCUCCCUGACCUGGGGACCCUGACCUACUAGGAUCGAGCGGUGUUAUGGAUGGAAGUUUGCAACAACAACAAAUUAUUAUAAGAUUGUAAACCAUGCAUAUGGUAUGUCGGGUGUCUCUGCAUGAAGCGAUGGGAAGAUUCUGGCAGUCUGUGUGUAUAUCAGGCAGAACUAGUACUGCAGCUGGGAGACAAUGGUGGACAGGGAAGCACAGAUUGUGUACAACUGCCACACAGCAUGGAGGAAGGACUUCCACCAGGGUUGGCUGGGGGAAAGUUGUACUGCUGAGUGUGCCACUGGGUGGAACGGCUUAUUAUUUAACACUUGACAGAGUUGGGCAAAGGAGAUUCUGGAUAACGAUCAAUGGUAGUGUGCGUUUUCUUAGGUCACUGUACCUUGGCCUGCUGAUAUCAUUGGAUUACAAGUAUUCCCUGUGGGGAUUGGCAGAGGACAGUUUAGAGUACCGACAACAGAUCCAGGGCUGUCACCAGCGUGCAGCAGACAGGAUUGUGUACGGGGCAGUCAUGAAUGGAGGGCUGUACAUCAAGCUAGGCCAAGGGCUGGUAUCCUUCAACCAUAUCCUACCCAAGGAGUACACAGACACACUGCAAGUCUUACAAGACAAGGCCCUGGUGCGGAGGUACAGGGAGGUGGAUGCCCUGUUCCUGGAGGACUUCAGCACCACACCAGACCACAUGUUUGCAGAGUUUGAUGAUGAGCCCAUAGCAGCCGCGAGUCUGGCACAGGUGCACAGAGCCGUCACUCUGGACGGACAAGAAGUCGCUGUCAAGGUGCAGUAUAUUGACCUACGAGACAGAUUUGAUGGAGACAUCCACACACUUGAGAUUCUGCUGGACAUUAUAGCCUGGAUUCACCCAAGCUUUGGAUUCAAAUGGGUGUUACAGGACCUGAAAGGGACCCUUGCUGAGGAGUUAGACUUUGAGUUAGAGGGGAGGAACUCUGAACACUGUUCUGAGGAUCUGAAGCAUCUACCUUAUAUUCACAUUCCUAAAGUCUUCUGGGACCAAACCUCCAAGAGAGUGCUGACAGCCGAGUAUGUUGAAGGGUGCAAAGUAACAGAUGUGGAGGGGAUCAGGAAGAUGGGCCUUUCUCUAGCAGAUGUUGAUGAAAAGUUGAUUACAGCAUUCUCAGAACAGCUGUUCAGCACAGGGUUUGUACAUGCUGACCCACACCCUGGCAACGUUCUUGUAAGAAGAGGCUGUGAUGACAAGGCUCAGCUGGUUUUGUUGGACCAUGGACUGUACCAGAAUCUGGAGAAAAACACACGUCUGUCCCUGUGUAAGCUGUGGAAGGCUGUUGUUCUCAAGGAUGAGGAGAACAUGAAGGGAUUUUCCUACCAACUUGGAGUCAAAGACUGGUACCUGUUCUGUGAAAUCCUGAUGCAGCGACCAAUCCACAUCCAGUCUGGAGGCUACAUGAGUUUUAAGGCUCAGAUGACUCCUGAGGACAUGAAGUACAUGAGGAAGAUGGCGGUGGACCAUUUUGAUCGCAUCAUGGUGGUCCUGAAGGACCUCCCCAGGUCUAUGCUGCUGGUUUUUAGGAACAUCAACACCAUCCGCUCUAUCAACUCCCAGCUGGGCCAUCCUGUAGACAGGUACACCAUCAUGGCAAAAUGUGCAAUAAAGGGAGUGAGUGCAGAGAGAAGGAAGCAGGUGUCCCUGGUGAGCAGGAUUAGGGCUGCCUGGGAGAGUCUGGUCUUUGACUGUUUACUCAGGUAUGAACGGUGGCACAUGUGGCUGACGACAUGUUACGUGAGGUUGCUGGGAAGGCUGGGCAUGGCUCCUGCAGAGCUGCUGCAGCUGACUGCACAGCUGCAGGCAUGACCACGUCUCAGCACACAGGCUGCAGCAGCUGCAGGCAUUGCAGAAAGAUGUACAGUGUCAUGUUCACAGAUAUUGACUCCUUCUCAGUGAAAUUUUUUUUAACAUUGUUGGUCAGUGCAAAGCUACAGGGACUGUGCUACAGUAGGUAGUAGGUACAUGUACACAUAUUUACCCAAAAUGGUAAGAAGACAGUCUGGAGAAUAAUGUAAAGUUUAAUGAGAGGCCAAAUAGUGUAUAAUAGUGUAGUAAAAAUGAUUGUGUUAUUUAGGCCACACUGUUUUCAUGUUGACAUCCGCGAGCUUUGACUUUAAAUUUGCCUGUUCUCAAAAAAAAUCACCUCUGAGGACCUUUAGCAACCUCCAGAGUCCAUGGUAGCUAGCAACAAUAGGGAACUGGCAGUAACUAUGGAGGAUGGCACCCAGGCUACCAAAGGUCCAUGGAAAAAAGGCCAGCACAUGGCUUGUCAUAAAAGUCGCUAUGUACUACUGCAAAUUCACAGUACCAGCUUUGUGUUCCUGUGGUUUUGCAGCUUUUUUGGGGCUGGAUUUUUUUCUUUUUUUUUUCCAUUCACCUGUGCGCAACUAGUUUGGGGGUCUGCAGAGGAUGUCAUCCAUAAA